AUGCACGCGGAAGGGGACGGCGUCGCCGUCGGCUGGCGCCACCUGGACAUCGACCUCCUGCACGGCGUGUGCGACGCCCUGGCCUCCAGGCUCGCCUGCCCGCGCGCCCUCAAGGCCGCCCGGCGCGUCAGCCGCCACUGGGAGGCGGCCGUCAACGCCCACCUUACCCACCUCUGCCCCCCCUCGGAGGUGGAUGCCCGCGGCCUGCGCGCCCUCCCCGGCAAGUUCGGCUCGGUGACGGGCCUGCGCCUGAGGGACGUGACCGACGAGGGGCUGGCCGCCCUGGGGGUCUUCCCUGGCCUCAAGGCACUCCGCCUCGAGUACUGCCGGCGUGUGACGGAGGGGGGGAUAGGCGCGCUGGGGCGCCUGACGACACUGGCCGACCUCCGGCUGCUGGAUUUCAGGGCGUACACGCGGCGGUCAAGCAGGGCAGCGUGCGCGAUCCAGACCGGCCCGCAGGUGCUGUCCCGGCUGGUCGGCCUGGCGCAUCUGGACGUGGAACUGUGCUGGCCGUUCGCGGACGGCGGCCUGCUGUGCCUGACGGCCCUCACGCGGCUGUCCUUCCUCAGGCUGCUGGGCUGCGACGCGGUGACGGUCGAGGGGCUGGCAUCCCUGGCGCGCCUGUCCCGCCUGGAGAGCCUGGAGCUGGGCGCCGGGCUGCACGGCCGCUGCGGCGGGAUCACGAACGCCUCGGCCCAGGUGCUCACCGCCCUGCGGGGGCUGCGGCACAUCGGGUUGGUGGGGUGCGCGAUCGACGGCGGCCUGCAGUGCGCCGCGGAAUGGCCGAACCUCACGUCGGUGGACCUCAGCGACUGCCCGGCCGUGCGGGGCGUGGGCAUACGCGGCCUCUCCGCCAUCCCCGCGCUCAGGGAAGUGCGUCUCAGGCGCACGCUGAAGGCCCACCUGUUGAGUGAUGACGACCUGACGCCCAUCACGUCGCUGACUUCGCUCACGCUCCUCGACCUGGCGGACGCCCGGAAGCUGUCGAACAGAAGCAUGGCCACGGUGGGUGGCCUGACUUCGCUGAGGCAUCUAGCUCUGCAGGGGUGCAACAAUGUUGAUGACCUGGGUGUCGAGUGCCUGACGACCCUCCAGGGGCUGCAGUACCUGGACAUUGGCAUGGUUUGGGCCAUUUCAGACAGGGGCAUGAGGCACGUGGGCUCGCUGCAGGGCCUCACCUUUCUUCGCGCCUCCGGUCUGCUUGGGGUUGGCGACCCCGGGUUCCGGCACCUGCUGCAGCUCAAGUCUCUGAGGUACCUUGCGGUCAACGCCUGUCCCAGGAUGUCUAAUGUGGGUCUGCAGUACAUUGGCGGCAUAACAUCCCUCACCCUCCUGGAUCUUGCGUGCUGCACCAGCCUAACCAACUCUGGCUUGGAGCACUUGGCGGGCCUUUCGUCCUUGAUGGAGCUGAACCUCGCCGCUUGCCAAGGCAUCGACAGCGCUGGCGUGCAGCAGCUGCAGACGCUUGUGGGCAACGAGGACCUGCUGGUGAUGGGCCCCAGCCUUCUAAGUUACUUGGGGCGCAGCGGCAGUUUCCCAUUUCGGUAG